AUGUCGUCGUCGUCGAGCCUGACUGGCAAGGAGCGCUCAAGAUGGCCGCCCUUGACCCGCAUGCUGCUUUCCGGCGAAGUCAGCGACGCCCCCAUCCGCCCGGAGACGUUGUUCGAACGCCUGGAUCGGUGGAUGGUGAACGAGGGAUGGCGCCGCCUGUUCGUCUUCGCCUUCAUGUUGUCCCACGCCAUGAUCUUCAGCUUCGGCAUGGUUCACUACGGCCUCAAGGACAAUAUGACCCAGUCGCGAGACCAGUUCGGUGCCACCUUCGUCAUUGCCCGUGCCGCUGCACUGGUCCUCCACUUUGACGUCGCCCUCAUCCUGCUCCCCGUCUGCCGGAACCUGAUCUCGCUGAUGCGCAAAACCUCGCUGAACGGCAUCAUCCAAUUCGACAAGAACAUCACCUUCCACAUCCUUGUCGCCUGGUCCAUCGUGUUCUUCUCCUGGGUGCACACCGUUGCCCACUGGGUCAAUCUGGGCCGUUUUUCCGCCGCCAACAACCUGGGCUUCGUGGGUUUCCUCCUGGCCAACUUGGUCACCGGCCCCGGAUGGACCGGCUAUGUGAUGCUCAUUGCGUUGAUGGCCAUGGUCUUCACGUCGGUCGAGAAGCCGCGCCGCGCAAACUACGAGCGCUUCUGGUACACUCACCAUUUCUUCAUCAUCUUCUUCGUCAUGUGGUCCAUCCAUGGAGCCUUUUGUAUGAUUCGCCCGGACUUCGCGCCUUAUUGCAACACUGUCGGUGUCUUUUGGCAGUACUGGAUGUACAGCGGCUUUCUUUAUCUUGCUGAGAGGACUGCCCGUGAAGUGCGCGGAAAGCACAAGACAUAUGUUUCCAAGGUCAUCCAGCACCCCAGCAACGUCUGCGAGAUUCAGAUCAAGAAAGAGAACACCAAGACCCAGGCUGGACAGUAUAUUUUCUUGUGCUGCCCGGAGAUUUCGGUCUGGCAAUAUCACCCCUUCACGCUCACGAGCGCCCCCGAGGAAGACUACAUCUCCAUUCAUGUUCGUUGUGUUGGAAACUUUACGAGAGCGUUAGCAAAGUCGCUGGGCUGCGACUUUGACAGGAAGGAAACCAAAGAGAAGGAUACUGCUGUUGUCAGCGCUUCGGCAGAUGAUGACAGCGUCGAUCCUAGCUUGCGCCGGAUCUUACCCCGAGUCUACAUCGAUGGCCCCUUUGGCAGUGCUUCGGAGGAUGUUUUUAAGUUUGAGAUUGCCGUUCUGGUCGGAGCUGGGAUUGGCGUUACGCCAUUUGCCUCUAUCCUGAAGAGUAUCUGGUACCGGAUGAACUACCCGCAAGGAAAGACGAGGUUGAGGAAGGUCUACUUCUUCUGGGUUUGCAGGGACUUCGGUUCUCUGGAGUGGUUCAGGUCCCUGUUGCUGGCCAUCGAAGCCCAGGACCUGGAGGACCACAUCGAGAUCCACACCUACCUCACCGCCAAGGUCAAGGUCGAUGACGCAGCCAACAUCAUGAUCAACGAUGCCAACGCAGAGCAAGACGCCAUCACCGGUCUGCGCGCGCCCACCAAUUUCGGGCGCCCCAACUGGGACAUGAUCUUCAAGUCCAUCCGCAAGAUUCAUACCCCUGCAGAAGCCGGGGUUUUCUUCUGUGGUCCCAAGGGUCUGGGCAGCCAGCUGCACAUCAAGUGCAACAUGUACACGGACAAGGACUUCCAGUACGUUUGGGGCAAGGAGAACUUCUAA